AUGUUGAACAAAUUGAAGCUGAGAAAAGCACCGCUUUCACUUAGUUCGGUGUCGAACGUGAUCAAAACCGCUGGGGUCUCCGAUCUCUCACCGGCCGAUAUCAAUCCAAAGCAUAUAGAAGUUACAACUACAAGCCAAUUGGGGUUGCCAAAAAACUCGGUAGUUGCAGUUGCAUACGAUCCAGUGCAGUCACUUUUGGCAGUGGCAACUACCGAUAACCAAGUGAGAGUGUACGGUCAGCAUAUGGUUGAAGUUGUAUUUGAGUUCAAGUCAGCUACCCCGAUUUCUGAGUUGAAAUUUAUCAAAGGGGUAUAUUUGGUUUGCAUUCAGCCAAUUUCCGGGAACAUAAUUGUCUUGUCAUUGCAUUCUAAGGAAAUAUUGACCACCUACUCCCCACCAGGUAAGAUCCACUCGGUUGAAUCCGACCCAUCUCUUGAUUUCUUGAUCAUUGGUUUGACAAAUGGUCAAUUGGUGUUUUACGAUGUCGAUCGCAUGAAUCUUACUCCAUUUAGAGUUGAUAACUUACAGAAGGCGUUGCUACCAAAACACAAAUUAUCGCCUGUUCUAGGCAUUGAAUGGAAUCCAAGAGAUAUCGGUACCAUUUUAAUCACUUAUUCCCAUUCGGCUAUCUUGUACUCUCUUACUUCAGGAUCCAUCAAAUCUGCUUUUAUAUACAAAUUGAAUAAAGGUGACAAAGGUUACGAUUAUUCCAGUUACAUUGCCAAUGGCGGUAAAAAGAAGAUUUUCGGAUCUUCCAAAGAGGUUAUUCCUGAGGUAAUUGAAGCACAUUUUCAUCCAAAUGGAUUGCACGUACUCACAGUCCAUAGAGAUAACACUUUAGCUUUUUGGGAUGCAAACGAUGAGACCUUGUUAGAAGCAAGAACCACUAUCGAGACCGGAUUACAUAGGCCGGAUCCAAUGCCUUUGGAACCUCCAACCGGAGGAUUCGCAUCAAUAUCUAACGUUAGAUGGAUUGCCGGUCAAGAUCCUGAAAUGACUCAAUUAGUUAUCAGUGGUGGUGAUUGUACCCAAGGUAACAUUUUGAAUGUUCUUGAUUUCGGCUACACCUUGAAAUAUAGUAUGACUUCUCAUGAAAAACAAGGUGAGUUCUACGCUAAUCCUCAAGGUCAAAGAAUUAUCCCGGUGACAUUCUAUGACCCCGAUGAAAAUAACCACGGCGAGUUCAUCGAAAAAAUUAUUCCAGUUUGUGGUGAAGCACAACCUUACUUCAAUGGUAAUCAUAAUCCAGAGUACUUAAUACUCUUAAGCAAUGUUGGUGCUUUAUACAUAAUAGAGUAUUCUUCAUUCGGAGUUGCUCAAACUGGUGGUACUGACUUGGGACGUUUAAUUUUACCUCCUUCUCUUUCAUUUGUUCACCCACCAGUAAUUUACUCUACUGUGCAAUUGGUGAAGAGACAAGACUGGUAUGGGAUUGUCUCAGCUAGAACCGGUGCUAGUUCAAAGUUCAAGUUGUUACUUAUCGGUGGUGCGGCUGCAAAUCAUAAAUCUGCCCCUCGUCCAAUGGGUUUCAAUGAUAAUAUGAGAAGUAUUUUGAUUACCGGUCAUGAAAACGGCCAAAUUAGAAUGUUAGACAUAUCUAGAGGUGAGCACCAAGAACCUGAAAGUAUCUUGCAAAUAAGCAUGAAGGAAACAUUGUAUGACAAUGGGGAUCCGAAAAGUUUGAAAAUAGUUGGAGUCUCUUGUGGGUUUGAAAACAGGGAAAUGCUUGUUGGUUUAGCCAAUGGUAAUGUUGUAAUCUCUAAAUUUGGGAAAGUUCCAACAUCUAACCAAGCCUCUGCUAGUGGACAAGAUUAUCAUGGGUGUCCAACUCAGCAUCAAAACGGAGAUGCUAAAAUCAUGAACAUUAAGGAUAGGAUUCUGGGAAGCUUUGCAUCAUCUUCAACAUUCUUACCUUUAUAUCUACUUCAAUUAGGAGGUCAAGAUGAGAUUUCUUGUUUGAAAAUGAGUAAUAUCGGAUUUGCCGCCAUUGCUUAUAAGUCAGGUAAAUUAGUUGUUUGUGAUGUUUCAAGAGGGCCCGCAGUUAUAUUCAAUGAAGAAUCGGUUGCAAAAUUUGUACCAGCUGCUCAAGGUGAGGGUACAAUCCAUAUCACAACUAUGGAAUUUUCAAUUAUGGAAUAUUCUCAAGAUGGUUAUUCCUCAAUCAUUUUGAUGGCCGGGACUAACGGUGGUGGUAAUUUAUUAUUAUUCAAGAUUAUGCCACAGGGUAACGGUGGAUUUGGAGUUGAGUUUACUGAUAAGACUGUAAAUCUUAAUUACAGAAUGUUAGGAAACGAAGACCCAAUAACCUCCAAAUUGGAUCAAAUUAUUCCUAUAAAUGCAACUACAGGAGAAUCAGCAAUUGCUUCUCUCGAGAACUUUCAAAGGUUGGCAACAGGACUUGUAAUUCCAGGGUUCAUUAUCACUGGCUCAAACCGUGAUUUAAGAGUAUUGAAAUUACCAAGAACCAAACUUUCUCACAAGGUUAUAGAUGACAAGUGUUUAAGAUGUGGUAUUAUUAGAGUACGUGAUAAAGGUAUUGUGUUGGCUUCAUUAGUUAAAACAGGUUUUAUUAAAUUUUCUUCCUUGCCUUCUUUAAGUGAUAUAACUGAUAUCAAAUUACCUAAAGAAGUUUAUAGAAAAGUUCAAGAAGCUUUAGAGUCAGGAAUUGCAUCAAAAUCUGAUAUCUUACCCAACGGGGAAGUCUUUGUUAGACUCAGUGAAACUGAAUUGGUUAACUUAUGUUCAUCUCAUGAUGAUAGUAAACUUCGGAAAUUACAUAAAGAAGACAAAAGUACUGACUUAUUAUUCAAUGAAAAUGCAAUUAUCCCACCCCGUCCUUCGGUUAGUGCUAUGCAAUGGGCCAAAGGUUUUAGCAAAUUCACAAGUGUUGAGGAUUUAGCAUUCUUAAUUGCUGGACCAAAUAGAAAACCGGCCAAGCACCCGGAAAGCAGAUUGGCUCACAACAUCAGCCCCGAGGCUAAUCCCCAACAAGGGUAUGGAUUUGGGGGUGGAGGGCCACCCAAACCUGAUCCAAAUGAUCGUGGGUACGCGGAGCCAGUUAGAAGGGGCACUGGAAGUUCCAAUCCGUAUGCAAUCCCAACAGCCGGUAGCUUCAUGAGAACCGUUCAGGACGGUCUCGACUCGGUCGAAGAGUCUGUCAACGGGUAUGCAAGCAAUAUGAGUGAAGCUAUGAGUGAGGGAAUCGAUAAUCAAAAGAAAUCGAUGUAUGGAGCAGCUUUCAAAAGUAAAUUCGGUUUCUGA